AUGAACGUAGCCCCUCGACUCGCGAGAAGCUCAGCCCGAGCGGCUUCUUCACAAUGGUCAUGUUUCUUCUGCCAGAAUGCCCGGCCGAAGCUCCAGCGAAAUGCCUUCAACUUUGCCCGCAAUGCAUCGAAUAACGCCCGCACCGGACAGCCCUAUACACCGACGAUGGACGAGAUUCGUGCGCAUUAUAGCAAGAAGAACAGGACCGUAGCGUACUAUGUCUUGAGUACAAUUCUCGGAUUUGUGACUCUCACUUAUGGCUCUGUGCCCUUGUACAAGAUGAUCUGCCAGACUACCGGCUGGGGUGGUCAGCCUAUACGUGCCCACGGCGGUCCAGGAUCUGGUGAUGAAGGCGAUCUCGCAAGCCGACUCGUGCCCGUCAAAGACGCCAAGCGAAUCAAAGUCACUUUCAGCGCCUCUGUCUCCGAUGUCCUGCCCUGGAAGUUCGUCCCUCAACAGCGAGAGGUGCGAGUCCUCCCCGGUGAGACUGCUCUGGCUUUCUACAAAGCCACCAACAAAAGUGACCAGGAUAUCAUCGGAGUUGCUACCUACAGUGUGACGCCUGCUCAGUGUGCGCCGUACUUCAGUAAGAUCCAGUGUUUCUGCUUCGAGGAGCAGCGUCUCAAUGCGGGCGAGACCGUGGACAUGCCCGUCUUCUUCUACUUGGAUCCUGAUCUGCUCAAUGAUAUGAACAUGAAGGGCGUAGAGACUGUGACAUUGAGUUACACCUUCUUCAAAGCAAGAUACGAUAACAAUGGACGAUUCCAGAGACCUAUGUCUGCAUAG